AUGGUGAUGUGGUUUGGGGGGUUGGGGGUGGGGUGUGGGGGGUGGGGGGGGGGGGGGGGUGGUGGGGGGGGGGUUUAUGGUGGUGUGGUGGGGGGUUGGGGGGGGUGGGUGUGUGUGUUUUUGUUAUGGUUGGGGGGUUUUUUUGUUUGUUAUGUUUGUUUGUAUUUUGUUUUGGGGUGUUUUGUUUUGUGGGGGUUUGUUGUUGUGGGGUGUGGUGGUUGUUGUGGGUGUGUUUUGGUUUGUGGUGUGUUUGUGGUGUUUGUGGUUGGUUUUUGGUUGGUGGGGGGGGGGUGUUGGUUUGGUGUUGUUGGGGUAUUUUUGGAGUGUGGUUGGGGUUAUUGUAGUAUUGUGGUUGUUUGGGGUUUUGGUGUUGGGUUUGGGGUUGUUUUGGAGGGGGGGUGUGGUUGUUUUGUGGGGGUGGGGUGUUUGGUUGUGGGUGGUGUGGGGUUAGGUGGGGUUGUGUUGUUUGGGGGUGUUGGGUGGGGGUUGUUGUGUGGGGGUGUGGUGUGGGGGGGUGUGUUGGUUGGGUUUUUGGUGGGGUUUGUUGGGGGGGGUGGUGUGGGUUUGGGUUUUGUGGGGUGUGUUGGGGGUUGGGGGGUGGUGGGUUGGUGGGUUUUUUGGGUUGUGGGGGGUGGUUGGGUGGUGGGUUUGUUUGUGUUGGGGUUGGGUAUGUUUUUGUUUGUGGGGGGGUUUGUUUGUUUUUUGGUUGGUGGUUUGUUUGGUUUUGGGGGGGUUUUUUGUUUUGGGGGGGGUGGUGUUGGGGUUGAUUUUUGUGUUUGGGUGUUAGGUUUUUGUGGUUUUUGUGGUUUGUGGGUGGGGGUGGUUGGUGUGGGGGGUGGGGUGUUUUUUGUUGGGUUUUGUGGUUUAAAGGAGUGUUGUAGGGUUUUUUUUGUUGGUGUUUGUGGGGGUGUUUUGUUUUUGGUUGGGUUUUUUUUGGGUGUUUGUUGGGUGUUUUGGUUGUUUGGGGUGGGUUUUUUUUGGUGGUUUGUUGUAUUGGGUUGUGGGGGGGGGGUAUUUUUUUUGUUGUUUUUUUGGGUGGUGUUGUGUUUGGGUGUUGUUGGGUUGGUGGUUUUUUGGGGUGUGUUUGUGAUGGGUGUGUUGUUGGUUUGUUUUUGUGAUUUGUGGGUUGUGUUGUGGUGUGGGGUUUGGUUUUUGGGGGUUUGUUGUUUGGUUGUUGUUGGUUGUGUGGUUGGUUGUUGGGGUUUUUGUUUGUUUUUUGUUUUAGUGUUUUUGGUGUUUGGUGUUUUUGGGUUUGUGUUGUUUUUUUGGUUUGUGGGUUGUGUGUUUGAUGGUGUUUUUGGGUGGGGUUGGUUUUUUUGUGUUGAUGUGGGGGGGGUUGUUUUGUGGUUGGGGUGGGUUGGGAUGUGUGUGGUAUUUGGGGGGAUGUGGGGUGGGGUUGUUGUGUAUUGUUUGUUUGUUGUUGGGUGGGGGUUGGGGUUUGGUUUGUGUGGGUUUUAUGUAUGGGGGGUUUGGUUUGUUGGUUGGGUGGUGUGUUGGGGUUGGGGUUGGUAG